UGGUUCGUAAAGACGACUUCCGCGUAGGUGUUUCCUCUGUGACUGGAAGUAAAGUUCAACAAUGGAGAUGUAACUAUUUAUUCCGUAAUUUAGUACGACACCCAUUCAUGUUUGUCCCGCCUUGCGAAGCCGCCGAAAGGCUUGUUUUAAGGCUGCCCUGUAUACUUCAGUAGAGCAGUUUAGCUAUACACUAGUGACAGCUUCCCUGCAGUGCAAUGUUCACUGGGUUAUGGAUGAUGGAUUUCUCUUUAUAUGACUUAAUGCAGCAUUCGCUGAUCCUGUCGCUGAUCGUCUUACUAUUGGUUGUUGUCGUGCUACAUGUCAGUGCUAACACUAUAGAUCAGACUCGCCAUGAGAAGGAGAAACACUUCUUGGCUGCAGAUGGCAAGGAAGAGUCUUUUCCCAAUCUGAUGGACCCUCCAUCACUGGAGCUGUCUGUGGUUGUUCCGUCAUACAACGAGGAACUCAGAUUGCCUGUUAUGAUGGAUGAAGCCAUGGAAUACCUGGAGAAAAGACAGAAGGAGAAUCCAUCAUUCACCUAUGAAGUUAUUGUGGUAGAUGAUGGCAGCAAAGACAAAACUACAGAGGUUGCCAUGAAAUACACAAAGAAGUAUGGAGCACAGAAAGUGAGAGUUUUGACAUUAGUGAAGAACCGUGGAAAAGGCGGUGCAGUGAGAAUGGGAACUCUAAGCUGUCGCGGACGGCUCAUUCUUAUGGCUGAUGCAGACGGAGCCACUAAAUUUGCUGACAUUGAAAACGUUGAAGAAGGUCUUGAGAGCAUCGAUGAGAAGCCUGAUAACAUGGCGAUCUCCUGUGGAUCCAGAGCUCACCUGGAAAAAGUAUCAGUGGCUCAGCGGUCUCUGUUCCGAACGUUCCUGAUGUAUGGAUUCCACUUCCUGGUGUGGUUCUUCUGUGUGAGAGGGAUUAAAGACACACAAUGUGGUUUUAAGCUCUUCACUCGUGAAGCUGCCUUGAAAACGUUCUCCAGCCUGCAUGUGGAACGCUGGGCAUUUGAUGUGGAACUUCUCUUCAUUGCUCAGUGUUUUGAAAUCCCUGUAGUAGAAGUAGCUGUUAACUGGACAGAGAUUGAAGGGUCAAAGUUGGUGCCGUUCUGGAGUUGGCUACAGAUGGGCCGAGAUCUAGUCUUAAUCAGACUGCGUUACCUCACUGGUGCCUGGAGGCUGGAGUCUGAGAGAAAAACUCAGUAGCUGUUGUUACUGCUAGUGUGCUGUUCGUGAGCUAACAGGGGGCAGAUGGUUAAACUUAUGGCCCACUGCCACAAAUGAGUGCGCGCUGAACGCAGCCGGUGAACAGCAUUAGCAUUUUAUCACUGACUGUGCCGUGACCACAUAAGGAGAUUGUCCUUGUUUUUUGAUGUAAUAUUGCCAUUUCCAUCUUUUCUUUUACAUACUGUAUUAAGUUUUGGUUUGAAAAAGGGGCAGAUGGUUCUUAGCCAAAUAAAAAAAAACAUUAACCAGUUA